UUCCUCCAAUCCUGGGUCUCAGUCAGGGAAGGACGAACACUCUUCCUUUGCUGCUGGAGCUUUAGAGGAUUGUUGCCCAGCACCUAGGCACUUCAGACAUUUCAUCUCACUCAUUUUUGUAAUUUCACUCUAAAAAUCACCUGCACAUUUAUAACCCUGUGACUCUCCCCUUCUGCUCAAUGCUGAGAAGGGGUCCGCAUACUGCAGGGAGCUGUCUAAGGUGCUGAAGCUUCCCAAGCAUCAGUCUACACCAACACCAUGCGGAGUUAGAUUGCACAUUUUCAUUCUGUCUUUCUGGUUCCCCAUGCCUUGGAUAAGACUAUUUUCAGGAUCGUGAAUAUCUCUCCGUAUCAUGGCCCACGUGAGACACUUUCGGACAUUAGUUUCGGGAUUUUACUUCUGGGAAGCAGCACUGUUACUCAGUUUGGUUGCCACAAAGGAAACAGAUAGUGCAAGAUCUCGAAGUGCUCCAAUGUCACCUUCUGAUUUUCUGGAUAAAUUAAUGGGGAGGACAUCAGGAUAUGAUGCAAGAAUCAGACCCAAUUUUAAAGGCCCUCCAGUUAAUGUCACAUGCAACAUAUUCAUCAACAGCUUUGGCUCUAUCGCAGAGACGACCAUGGAUUACAGAGUGAAUAUCUUUCUUCGCCAGAAAUGGAAUGAUCCCCGCCUCGCGUACAGUGAGUAUCCUGACGACUCUUUAGACCUCGACCCCUCCAUGUUGGACUCCAUUUGGAAACCUGAUUUAUUCUUUGCCAAUGAAAAGGGUGCCAACUUUCAUGAAGUCACUACAGACAACAAAUUGCUAAGAAUUUUCAAAAAUGGAAAUGUUCUUUAUUCAAUAAGAUUAACAUUAACACUUUCCUGUCCAAUGGAUCUCAAGAAUUUUCCCAUGGAUGUACAAACAUGUAUAAUGCAACUGGAAAGCUUUGGGUACACAAUGAAUGAUCUCAUUUUUGAAUGGCAAGAUGAGGCACCUGUACAAGUGGCAGAAGGACUCACUUUGCCCCAGUUUCUGUUGAAAGAAGAAAAAGACUUACGAUACUGCACUAAACAUUACAAUACAGGAAAGUUUACAUGUAUAGAAGUGAGAUUCCAUCUGGAGCGACAAAUGGGAUACUAUCUGAUCCAGAUGUACAUUCCCAGUCUCCUGAUCGUUAUUCUAUCCUGGGUUUCGUUCUGGAUCAACAUGGAUGCGGCACCGGCCAGGGUAGCUCUGGGGAUAACCACUGUGCUGACGAUGACGACGCAGAGUUCAGGAUCACGAGCUUCCUUGCCAAAGGUUUCAUAUGUCAAAGCUAUUGAUAUUUGGAUGGCAGUAUGCCUCCUUUUUGUGUUUUCAGCACUUCUGGAGUAUGCAGCUGUAAAUUUUGUAUCAAGACAACACAAAGAACUUCUGAGAUUUCGACGAAAGAGAAAGAAUAAGACAGAAGCUUUUGCAUUGGAGAAGUUUUACCGUUUCUCAGAUAUGGAUGAUGAGGUAAGGGAAAGCCGAUUCAGCUUCACAGCCUAUGGAAUGGGACCAUGUCUACAAGCAAAGGACGGCAUGACUCCAAAGGGCCCCAACCACCCUGUCCAGGUAAUGCCAAAAAGCCCUGAUGAAAUGAGGAAGGUCUUUAUCGACCGGGCCAAGAAGAUUGACACCAUCUCCAGAGCCUGCUUCCCAUUAGCUUUUUUGAUUUUUAAUAUUUUCUAUUGGGUUAUCUAUAAAAUUCUUAGGCAUGAAGAUAUUCAUCAGCAGCAAGAUUAAGUCUCUGGGGGCAUGCAAGUGCAAAUGGUCACUUCACAAGAAAGUGUCUCUGCCAUAGGUGUGUAUGUGUAUAUGUGUGUGUGGUGUAUAAAUGAUGACCAUUGUAUUAAAAUGGUAUAUGGAAAAGGUUCGUAAUUUGGUUAGCUAUGCAAAGUCAUGAGAGAUAAGAUUCUUUUAAUGAAUAUAAAAUAUUUAUUAGGGGAUUCCAUUUCAUAUUAAUUCCCGGUGAUUUGUUUUUUUCACAGUAAACCAUCUAAGUGGAAGCUUUACUGCCAAUGUGUUUAUAUGUUAUAUAAUAUCUCAUAAUAACAGACACGAAAACUACUUUGGAAUUCCUUAAUUUGUAAUUCAAUGCUAUUAAAUCAUACAAAAGCAAA